AACAAUUAUAAGUAGAAGGAAAAACCAUUUUAAUUGUAAAAGUUAGAAAUGCAAAAUUUUAAAAAAUAUCUCUACCUAACGACUAUUACAAUCUUAAUAAAACAAAAGAAGUAGUACGAUUUAGUAUGACGAGUAACUUCACAAAGCCACCUCAAUAUAGACUUUCAAUUCCUCAACAGCCAUGCGUUAAUGAGGACCAUAGCAUAACAAAUUCCAACCGCAAGUCCAAAAUGAAGCAGUACCAUUAAGAUUUUAUUUGAGUACAAACCAAAAACACUUAAGACUCUUGGCCACUCAAAAUCAAUGUAAAGAAUGAAAAAUACAACACAAAAAAUACUUCCCUCCUAAUUCCCAUGUCAUUUCAGGCCCUACUUUGUCUGACUAAACUAUUUGUCUUUCUUAUUGGUCCUUUCUAUUUUCCAACUUUUUCUUAAUUUAGGACUUUCUCAACCAUUCACACUUAUUAGUACGAGUAAUACAACACUCUAUAUAUAAUGUAGUUCCUCCUUUAAUUUAUUUUUUAAAAAAGUUUCAUACUAUUUACAACAUUCUUUUAUUUAUACGUUUCUUUUCAAUCUCUUAUUUGAUCACUUUUUAAAUUUUGUAAAUAGAAGUGAAUUGAAUUUCGUUCACAUUGCGAUUAUUACAAAACAAAGAUCUAUACGGCUUUUGUUCACCCGAUCCACGCGAUGGGGCAAAUAACGGUAGAGAGAGUAAUGCAGCUAUGGAAUACAUGGGACGACCGAUUCUUCAUGCUUACUAGUCUCUUAAUUCAAGCAUUGCUUACAAUCCUAGCACCGUAUCGAAAGCGGUGUGCGAGCCGCAUACUAAAAUUCUGCCUAUGGCUGCUCUAUUUAUCAGCCGACGCGGUUGCAUUAUUCACCAUUGGAUUGAUCACAAGCAGCCAAGGCGAAGACUCGCCGCAAAGGCAAGAUCUUCUAGCAUUUUGGGCACCAUUUCUUUUGCUACAUCUUGGUGGUCCGGACACUAUUACUGCUCUUGCUUUGGAAGAUAACGAGCUAUGGCACCGGCACGCGCUGCAGCUCGCAAUCCAGCUUGUUGUCACGCUCUAUGUGUUUGUACAAUCGUUAAGAGGCGAUAACCGGUUGUGGAUGCCGACGGUCCUUAUGUAUGUGGAUGGUUGUAUCAAGUAUACUGAGAGAACUGAGGCUUUGUACUUUGCUAGCAUGAAUAGUUUUAGAGAAUCUCUUGCUAGUAAGCCUGAGUCUGGACCCGACUACGCUAGGUUCAAGGAGGAGGAGCAUUGUUGCAACGGUAGUGCCCAUGUCUCGAUUAAUAUUCAAGAUCGAUCCUCGAAAGACAACAAGUUAGAAGGAAUUGAUCACCAAAAUCACUUGAAAAAUUACAUAAGGAAUGAAGUGUCCUUUAACACACGGGAGGCUAGAAUUGAUGCUUAUGCAGAAGAGGAGGAAGAUGGAAUGAUCAAAGAUGCUUAUAAAUAUUACAUGAAAUUUAAAGGUCUUCUAGCUGAUGCUUUUCUAAGCUUAGAGGAUCGCGAAGAAAGUCGUUCGUUUUUCCUUGAUAAAGCUGCCUCAAAGGUAUACAGAGUAAUAGAAAUCGAGCUUAAUUUCGUGUAUGAUAUCUUCUAUACGAAAGUAUUUUUGUUGCAAAAGAAACAAGCUUAUGUUCGUAUAGUUAGCUUCCUCUCGGUUGUGGCAUCCCUACUAUUAUUUGUUUUCGAGAACAAAAACCAUUAUCAUGAGACCGAUAUUGGCAUAACCUUUGCCUUGUUAGGGGGUGCUAUAGCCCUAGAUGUAUACGUCGUGAUCAUGCUCAUGGUGUCGGAUUGGUGGGUUAUUACCACCCCCAAGGUUGGCUUGCCGAAGCACAUGAGAUCUUAUAUGAUGCGGUUUCUCAAGUUUCUGAGGUGCACAAAAGGUCAUAGUCGAUGUAGGUGGGCAGAGUCCAUCUCAAGGUACAACUUACUAGAUCGAUGUUUUAAGAAUCCUCCUUCAGUCUUGAAGUUCAUUAUAAUAAAGCGCAUUAGGGAUGCACUUAUGGGAUUUUUAUAUGUUGAAACGAAGAAAGUUGAUGAACAACUAGUUGUGAAUUUCAUCAUAGAAGAACUGCAGAAGAAAGCAAAAUUAGCUACUGAUAUAAAGGCGAGUAAAGAAGUGUACUCUGCUAGAGGUAAUUUGGUCUUGGAAAAUGAUUAUUUUCUUGUAUCAAAGUACUUAAAUCCUUGGACUUUGGAUGUUGAAUAUGAUGAGAGUGUACUGAUUUGGCAUCUUGCUACUGAUAUAUGCUACUGGACUGCUGAUGACACUGUUCGAGGUACAAACUAUCCUAAUUUCUGUAAGCAAGUUUCAGAUUACAUGACAUAUCUUUUGCUUAGGCAGAAGUCAUUGGUAUCACUGGUGGUGGGAAUGUCUGAGAUUCGAUUCGAGGAUACGUGUGAUGAGGCUAAGAAGGUUAUGAACCGGAACGUAGACAGUGGUUGGUUUACAAGAAUAUGUGCAGGGGCUAAGAAGUUUGUAACCAAGAAAUUGAUGUGUCAGAUUUCAUCAGUAGAAGGCCAAAAUACAUGUCCAAAAAAAGAUGAGUUAAUAUUUCAGGAGUUUUGUAAUAAAGUCCUUAAGAUGCAAGCAGAGGUUCUGCCUAUGACAACUAAUAAGUGUGAAAAGAGCAAAUCUGUGCUGCUGGAUGCUUGUCUUCUCGCGAAGCAACUAAAGACAUUCGGUGACAUUCAAUGGGAGAUAACAAGCAAGGUUUGGGUAGAGCUGCUGUGCUAUGCUGCUACGCGUUGCUCACCCAAGUCCCAUGUCGCGCAAUUGAGUAAAGGUGGUGAGCUCAUCACAUUGGUAUGGCUGUUGAUGGCUCAUCUUGGUUUAGGAGAACGUUUCCUUCAAAAUCAGGGGUUUGGAUGGACUAAACUGAUUAUUCAUAAAUGAAAACUGAUUGUAAAUGUAGAACAUAUUAGAUGCUGGUGUAAUUCUUAACUACUUUUCUAGAUAGUUUUAGUCAUGGCAUUUAACUUACCUUGUCAACUAAUUUUUAGCUUAACAUAAGUUGUAACAUUACAUCAUUUGACAGGUAGUUAAUCCGUGUCACUUUUAAGAAAAUUGUACAUCCUCUUAUGGCCUUGUAUUGCGAUUAAUAAAACAUCGAAGAAGUACAAAGUUAGACUAUUGCAAAAAUGUAAAAGGAAAAUUGAC